UUAACUUUGAAUGUUUUGUUUUUACAGAGCUGGGGGCUCACGUUGCCUAUUGCCCACUAUUUAUUUAUAUGUUGUAUUGUUGAAAGUAGGACAUACUGGUGUUUAACUAAAUUUCUUUUACAUCUGUUAUUGUGAAAUGCAAAUGUGUGAUGGACAAAUUUAUUUUAUUUUCAUGUCUGUACACAUUUGUUUUGUUUUCUUUAACAAUUUUGCUCUAUUUGACAAAUCCAAUAUGCAGAACCUAACUAAUGUUUCAGUCAAUGGCACUUCUAACAAAAGCCUUUCUGUGAUCAUUAAGGUGUGUGUGGUUGUCCCCUUGUUUUGUAUCUUCUCUUUCUGCAUUGUUGUUAUGCUGCACAUCUUUGCAUCUCACAGACAGUUCCUAGACACCUCCCGUUACAUCCUGUUUGCCUCCAUGCUCAUCAGUGAUACUUUACAUGUCAUGUUUUCUGUGCUUCUCUUUCUCUUGGUCAUGGCACAGGUUAAAAUUUCUCUUGGUCUAUGUUUUCCUCUGUUGUUCAUAACUUCUGCCACUUUUAAGAACACUCCCUUCAUCCUGGCUACCAUGUCACUGGAGCGUUACGUUGCCAUCUUCUAUCCCCUGCAGCGUCCGGUCGCCUGGUGCUCAGACCGGAUCUGGAUCAUUAUUCUGGUCUUGUGGCUCCUCAGCUCUAUGUUUCCCAUCAUUGAGUACUCUAUAGGGCAACAUUACCAUGCUGCAAAUACAUUUUCUACUCAUGUGCUUUGCCAACUUCCCACUGUCAACUCAUUACCAAUUCAGACUUUGUUCAGAACUGCUGUAAACGUGCUCUGCUUUGCAGUAGUUGCCAUCAUCAUUAUCUUUACAUAUGUAAGAAUCCUCCUGGAAACUCGAAAGAUGAGACAGGACAAGGUGUCUGUGAGUAAAGCGACACACACUGUGCUGCUACAUGGCUUUCAGCUGCUGCUGUGCAUGUUGGCCUUCACUAUGCCCAUCACUGAAAUGCUCAUAGUUAUUAUUGUUGACUGGCUACCAGAUUACAUUGCUUUUUUAAAUUACUGCUGUUUUGUUCUAAUCCCACGUUUUCUUAGUCCACUCAUCUAUGGCUUUAGAGACCAGAGUCUGAGGAGCUACAUUGGUAAAACAAUUCUCUGCUGCUCCAGCAAAGUCGAAUGCAGUGUCAGAGGUCAAAUCAAAGACAACUUCUUUCCUUCCUGA